AUGGCAACGCAAAAAAAGGUUCCAAAAAGAAAAAGUAUUCAAAAUAGCGAUCCUGGGAAAAUAUUGGAUCUUGUUAUGAAUUUAAAUGAUGACACUUCUUCACAGCUACAAAUAAAAAUAAAUGUUUACUUACGAGAAGAAUGUGAUGCAGAAACAGUAUUUUUAGUCGUUGUACACGGCGUUGGUUCUGAAGCUUCCAUUGAAGUUAUUGGAUCGAAACCACUAUCGCGAAAACUCAAGAUAUGCAUGACUCAAAAAUUAACUGAUGUUUUAAAAUCGACUGUUGAACAAACUGAUCUGUUGUCCAAUUUCGACCCCGAUUUUCAAGCUAUCGUGGCACCUUUUCUCAGCAAAGAAGCCAAGAAGCGAGUGAUAAUGUGCCCGAUAACGGAUAAACAGUUUUCAAUAAUCGUGUGUGUUGUAGCACCGAAAGUUCUAGAAGAGCAAGUCGCUCUUAUAAUACAUGAAUGUUUUUUGUUCUGCUGGCCAGUUCUGAAGAAAACUAUUUCAUUGGAAUAUGAAUGUACUCUUAAACAAAAAUGUCAACAACUGCUCCGUGUUGCGAGAAGAUUGUUCACUCAAGUAGCCUCGUUGGAAACGUUACUCCAGAUAGCGAUGGAACAAGCAAAACAAUUGACGAAAGCGGAGUACUGUUCCGUCAUGCUAGUGGAUGUAGACCGCAUGGAAUUGGUGCAGAAGUACCACCCGGGAAGCAUACAGCAUGGGGAUGACACUGAAACAAUAGAACAUCGAUUUCCAAUAAGCAAGGGUAUAACGGGCCAAGUGAUCAAAACGGGUACCCUGAUGAACUGUAAGAACGCCAAACAACACCCCGUUUACGAUCCGGAAAUUGAUUGUUAUCCGGGUGUUGAUUGCAAAUCUAUUCUCUGUUUUCCUAUACGAGAACAAACCGGGAUAAUAGGUGUGGGUCAAUUAAUUAAUAAAAUUGGUGACCCAUACUUCGACGCCAUGGACGAGGAAAUGGCGUUGGCGUUUAGCAUAUACUGCGGGGUCUGCAUCAUGCACUCCGUCGUCUACCAGAAGAUAGAGGAGGCUCACAUACGCAACGCGCUCGCCAAUGAGCUGGUCAUGUAUCAUAUGAAGGUCGGCGAUUCGGAGGUAGCCCGACUGUUGGAGUGCACAGGUUUCCACAACCACCCGCACAUAUCGAGCCUACAUUUCAACCCGCGAGCGCUGCCCAUGCGGGAACUCCCCUGUUAUGCCUACAAGAUGUUCUCGGAUUUGGGAUUUGUUAAAAAGUUCAACAUAAAGCGGCAGACGCUGGCGCGAUUCAUCCUGCACGUGAAGAAGGGCUACCGCGACGUGCCGUACCACAGCUGGCUGCACGCCUUCAACGUGGCGCAGUGGGCCUUCGCCGCGCUCGCCAACUACCAGCUCGUGGCCAAGGGAUACUUCACCGAUCUCCAAGCACUAAUGUUUCUGAUAGCUGGGCUAGUCCAUGAUAUGGAUCAUCGAGGUACGACGAACAGUUUUCAAAUUCAAGGCAAAACGACGCUGGCGGCGCUGUACUCCAGCGAGGGCAGCGUGAUGGAGCGCCACCACCUCGCGCAGGCGAUGUGCGUCCUCAACACGGAGGGCUGCGACUUGCUCGAGCCGCUGCCGAGGAGGGACUACGACAGGGCCAUCAUGAUUCUGAGGGACUACAUCCUGGCCACGGAUCUAGCUACUUAUUUCAAGAAUCAGAACGAGUACAGAGCUGUGUCGUACGACUUCCAAAAGGGCAACCGGGUGCACUCGGGCGCCCUGCAGAGCCUGCUCAUGAACGCAGCCGACCUCAGCGACCAGCUCAAGGACUGGGGCAGCGUCAAGAAGACUGCCGCGGCAGUUUUAACCGAAUUCUUCAAGCAAGGCGACGUAGAGAAGAGUCGAGGUGAACUUCCAGUUAGCAUCAUGGACCGGGAGAAGUGCUUCAUACCUGAACUAGAGAUAGAGUUCCUCAACACGACCUGUGUGCCGCUUUUUGACAUGUUGGGAAGAAUAUUACCGAAGUCUCAACCCUGUCUAAGGAUAAUAGAAAACCACAUGGAGAGGUGGGAAGCGGCCAAGCCAGUUUUUGCAGAGGUUCCGACAACAGCCGGUCUGUCUGUGCUCCUUAGCCCUGAACUAGAUAAUCUAAUUGAACAAAACUUAAAAGAAAAGGAACGACGUGCUCUUGAAGCCGAGGGACAAGAAAAUGAUGAAUAAUCUCAUUUCUUACUGUUU